AACAGGGAGUAUUUGAAGCAAACCACCGAAGGAGUCAAGCUGGAAGAGUUUUUGUUAAACUGGUGAAGAUGCUGAUUCUCGUCCUCCAACAAUGCAUGAAAAUCCUCAUCCUGCCAAUCUAUGUGCUUGCCUAUUUUGGCUUAUGGGAUCCUAUUUGUAAAAAAACCUUCCCAUUUUUCAUGAAGAAGCUGAGCAAAAGCUACAAUGUAAAACUGCACAAAGAAAAGGAGACGCUGUUCAAGAACAUGCAGGACUUCACCGACCCAUCGGGAAAGCUCCACCUGCUAGAGAUUGGCGUGGGCACUGGCACCAACUUUCAGUUUUAUCCCCCCAACACUCGCGUGACCUGCGUGGACUACAACCCCAACUUCCAAAAUUUCCUCCUGGAGAGCAUGGCUCAGAACACGCACCUCCACUUCGAUAAUUUUGUAGUCGCCUCCGCCGAGAACUUGUCUUCUGUGCCGGACAACUCUGUGGACGUGGUGGUUUGCACGCUGGUGCUUUGCUCCGUGAACAGCCCCCGGGCUGCCUUGAAGGAGGUUCUGCGAGUGCUCAAACCGGGUGGUGCGUUCUAUUUCAUGGAACAUGUAGCAGCUGACAGAUCAACCUGGACCUACUUCUGGCAACAAGUCUGUGACCCUAGUUGGAGAUAUGUAGGAGAUGGAUGCUCCUUGUUAAAAGAGACCUGGAAAGAUUUGGAGAAUGUGGGGUUUUCUAAACUGAACUUGCAACACAUCAUAGGACCGUUGUUCCUAAGUAUAGUUCGUCCCCAUAUUUAUGGAUACGCUGUGAAGUAAUUUAAGAGAAAGCAUCUUUCUCUUAAAAAUUAGAUAUCUGACUUUAAGGAAUUAACAGUGACAAUGCAUAGGCUGCAAUAAGAAAAGUGUUUCCUCUAUUCUAUGCAAUUCAGAGUGGAGAAAGGCUCCUAAAGCUUCAGGCCGCACUAAACCUAAAUGGUACCUUGGAUCAGGUUUGGAGGGAGGGCAAAUAAAUGUUCAAAUUCAUAUGAAAGAAUAAGAAUAUAAAAGAAUUAAUAUAAAAAUAUAAAAGAAAAACAAUCCUACUAUCAAAAGACCGUGUGGGGGUGAAAAAAGCCACCCGCCAUUUUGCUGUGGCACCACUCAGUCCACCAUGUCAACUUCCUAGGAAGGAAAGCUAGAGGAGGCCUGUUUUGGGGUAUUACAACCUGUGUGGCGUUCUCUAAGAACAAACUACUAAUGGACCAAGCUCUAAUAGCUUAAGCACAAGCAGAACAGGGAAUCUUGCUUAAAUAAUACUUCAGGCAGAAGCUUCUGUUGGUCUAUAGCAGAGGCCUACCCAGAAAGGUUUUUCUCAGCUUCUUACCCCUUGUAGUUGUGGAACAGGUACAAUUCUGCAUUAUAUUGGCAUGGGAUUAGACUGAAAGCUAAGGCUCAGAAUUUAGAAACGGGUAAUAUAUCAAAGCUUGCUAACUGCUGAAUUGUAUAUUAUUUCCUUGUUUUACUUAUCAUGCUUUUCAUUUUCAAUAAAAAAGAGCUUGGGGU